UCGUCGUUACCAGCUCGUCAAGCUUCACGUCCCAGCUUAGAUACAUAUAUUUAAAUCGUCAAAUUUGCUACGUUUAAAUCUCCAAGUUUGUCAUAACCAUGGAGAAAGAAUAUUUAACCGUGUACACCCCCACAAGACAGCGGUCCCCCUCGAUAGCGUCCCUCUUCCAUAGAUCUGCUUCCGCCCCGAAUAAUUUAAACGUGACUGAAUCGCAGCCUCCAUCGCGGAGAAAUUCCUUCUUUCAACUUCCCAUAUUUACUCUUUUGGGCGGAGGAGGAGGAGGGGGCGGUGGGGGUGGCAGUUCUGCCACCAUUUUUAACGACCCGCUACAAGACGAGUCCUGCCAAAGCGACAAGUUCAAUACGGAAGUCCCCUUCAAAGAAUACUGCGUCAAGAGAUGUCUCAGAUUUUUCCCGAUUUCAAAAUGGCUUCCCAAAUACACCGGAAGGAAGUUUAUUCACGACUUUUUGGCGGGAUUGCUGGUUGGGUUGAGUCUAAUUCCGCAAGCGUUAGCUUUGCUGGCUGGGUUGCCGCCAAGGUACGGUCUCUACUCUGGAUUUAUGGGAUGUUUCGUCUAUGUAUUUUUUGGCUCAACGAAUUACGUCACGAUCGGCCCAACAGCCGUGAUGUGCAUCAUGACGUACACCUAUGGUCACGACAAACCGGAAGAGUACGUCGUUUUACUCACCUUUCUCACCGGAAUUACCACCCUCGCCCUGGGUUUUAUGCAACUCGGCUUUAUCGUCAAUUUCGUGUCAAUUCCUGUCUCGAGCGGGUUCACAUCCGCGGCCGCAUUGACGAUUUGUUACACCCAAGCGAAGCCCUUAUUGGGAAUUAAAUUCACGGGAGUCAGCUUCACCCAAAUUGCGGAGGGAGCGGUCAAGCAUAUCAAAGAAGUGGGAACGUGGGACAUCACGGUGGCGGGGGGAUGUUUGGUGGCACUGCUGGUUUUGCGAAAAUUGGAGUGCAUUUUUUCCCGUGUCGUUAAACGUGGGAAGCCAUGGAGCAAAAUAAUUUGGUUGAUCUCCGUCUCGCGAGGGAUCAUUGUCACUUUGGCGUGCACCAUAGUAUUCGCUGUCAUUGGGAGUGAAACAAUCGUCGGGAUUUUGGGCGAAAUCCAAGCCGGUAUUCCAUCCCCCACCCCACCACCGUUUCGUUAUGAAGUAAACACUACACGUUUCCACGACAGCGAGGAGGAUGAAAAGUUUAUGAAAGCUUACACUAUUUUCGACCUGAUACGACAAGACACCACGGUCGUCUUGGUUUUCCCAUUUCUCGCUUUAAUGGAACAUUCUCUUAACGCGAAACAGUUUUCUGGAGCAAAGAGCAUCGAUUUCAGUCAAGAGUUAAUUGCAAUUGGGCUAUCCAAUAUUGCGUCUAGCUUUUUCGGCUCGAUGCCGAUCACUGGAGCGUUCCCCCGGACCGGAGUAAAUCACGCGAGUGGCGUGGAAACCCCGAUGGGGGGCAUUGUGACGGGAGUCUUGGUCUUGAUUUCUCUCCAGUUUUGCACCCCAUGGUUUUACUACAUGCCCAAGCCAGCGAUAGCCGCCAUGAAUAUUAUGGGAGCAAUUUUUACGAUUGAUUUCAUAUUACCGAGAAGAUUGUGGAAGUGCAAGAGAAUGGACUUGAUUCCGUGGGGUGUCACGUUUUUGGUCAGUCUUUUCGCUGGUUUGCAGUACGGUCUUCUAGUGGGGUUUUUAAUCAGCGUGGUUUUCCUCCUGUACUGGGCGGCAUCUCCGAAAAUAAGAGUGAAUAGGUGCAAACUAUCCACCACCGGCUCUCGUUUCAUCCUAGUCGACCUUGACCGUUCCUUGACCUUCCCCUCAGCCGAGUAUACACGGACGGUGGUCAUGAAAUCGGGCGAACGCUGGGGUUACGGCAACCUUCCCGUCGUCAUUGACUGUUUCCACAUGCACUUCGCCGACUACACGGCCGCCCAAGGAAUCGUCGACCUCUUCAAGGUGUUCAACUCGAAGGCCCAACCCUUAAUUUUAUUCCGCUUGAAACCCUCCGUCGAACGAAUCGUGACCUCCUUGCUGGUCAUGGACGAGGUCAAAUUCUUCUCUGCGCAGACGCAAGUUCAACUGCAAGAAAUUCUGGAGGGCUUGGUCGUCCUUACGAAAAAUGUGGGGUCGGACGAGGGGGAAAAACAGGGGCGAGUUGAAAAUCCCGUGGGGGAAGUGCUCGACAUGGGAAAUACUUCGGAGUACGAUUUGAUCACGGAUUCCGCAUCGCCAUCCCUGAUUUAUCCGGAUAGUACGAGGCGACAACAUAUCGGAAAGGUGGAUUUUACCGUGGGGGAUAAACCAAUUCCUCAGCCGGGGAAUAAUGGGCAAAGGUUCAAGGUUCAGAAGGGGGGUGGUGGUGGUGGUGCCGAUGAGGAAAAAGGGGGGCCUGAUAGUCCGGUGGAUAUUGUGGUUUCGGAGCAUUAAUAGGAAAAUAUGUUUAUAUUCAUUUGUUUUGUGAGUUAAUAAUUGAUCAUUAUGUAAAUAUGUAUGUAUGCAAAACUCAAUAUUUUGGCGAGUCAUGAAUAAAAUAAAGUGAGGAGAAAUA